AUGGCCUACUUCACACUUCCGGAAGAGUACCUCCCAGACCUGCAAGACGCCGUCAAUUUCUUCAUUUCAUUUGCCCCAUUUCUCAGCUAUGGCACCACAAUUUACGGCAUCUCCCAAAGCCAGUCAAGUACAGGCUUCUCGCUAGAUAUUUGUGCCACCAUGUUGCUCAGCGCAAGUUUGCGAGUGAUGUACUACUUCAACGAGAAGUAUGAAUUCACCCUGUUGAGGCAGUGCAUCGUCAUGCUUAUCAUCCAGAUAUUGCUCUUGAGAACGGCCUUGAAGUAUAGAUCAAACACCUAUUCAUGUGACAAUCUUGUACAAAUGCCCAAUUACAACGUGAUAUUUGUGCAUAAAAUGCAGGAAUUAGUGGCCCAAUUAUCAGAGAGCCUGAUCAACGACUCUGAGGGGAUACCAGAGCGCCUGGAUCUGAUCUGGAAGGCAUGGGUCAGUACUUGGCGCCUCUUUUUUGUUCUCAUCAUUUAUGGCAACUUUGCCAACUUGUUCCUUCUUUUUGACGUCAGCUACGCCCGCCCUUUAAACUUUUGGCAGUGGGAGGAACAAGAGACCUAUUGGAAGUUCUUAGGUUGUUUUUGGACUACAAUAGUUUCCUUAGAAUUGUUAUUAUACAAGAAUGAACAGUAUGGGAACAUCAUAGGGGCCUUAUCUUUAUUGAUCGAGAGCUUAUUGCCUUUGCCCCAGAUCCUUAUGUUCUACAGAGUGAAAUCUGUUCGAAAUUUCAAGUCCAUUUUGCUCCUCAGUUGGCUGGGCGGAGAUAUGACCAAGAUUUCAUACCUCGUAUUUGGUACAAACCAAGUCUCUGCAUUUUUCAUUAUUGCUGCCGUGUUUCAAAUGAGCUUAAACAUCGUCAUUACAUGCCAGUUUAUUCACUACAAAAGAAUCGAAUACGAGUACUUUUCAGCGCACACGCUAAACGGUCUAGACGAAGUUGAAUUCCCCAUAGAAAUGGAAAUGAGAUUAGCUAGAACUCGUUCAAUGACGAGCAGUUCGAGUUCGCACGGAGUCGAUGUCAGGACUCGGAGUGGUACCGUCGUGUAG